UGAGCGAUCGCCAACCUUCCGCUUGUGACACACUUCCGAGAGGCCUUCAGAGAGUUAACUUCUCAGCCUCUUAUUCCUUCUAUCUUGAUUUAAUCUACGAGGUAACUAGACGAUUAGUGGGGAAGAAAGACUGCAGGGGGAGAAAAGUGGUUCGAUUUUUUUUUAAAAAAAAAGAAUAUCACAACGACACUACUUGUGGCUUUCCACCAAUUCCCUUCUCCCCCUCCACCUCACUCGAACCCAUUUAUCCCACGUCAUGUUUCUACCCAUCAGACUAAAUGACCGAGAUCGCGACAGGGACCGAGAGCGCAAAGUGUCGUCGUCCUCCACCGUUUCUUCCAAAACAAAAUCCAAACCUCGCUCGUCCCACGGUCGGUCCAACCGCUCUUCAACCAAGGAACACGAUCGAGACGCCCCGACGGGCCGCUCCUCGACCCCUACGACCACCAGCUCCCGCCAACAACGUCGGUCCUCCAUGCCGGGUGUUGACAGUGCCAGCCGUCCUGUCACGGCUUCCUUCCUCGAGUCGAGGACCAGCUUGCCGUAUCCUACUUUCUCCAAAGCCCAUAGUCGAGAAUCUGUGGCCCAACCGGACCUUCCUACCCCAGACCCGACCGAUCUAACCGAAGAAAAUAAAGACGGGGGGAAGCGACAUAGUCAACACCGCACCGAUAAUCAUCAUGCACCGCCUAGCCCACCGCUGACCAGUGUCGAUCAGAACUCACGCAAAGGAAGCACGGUCGGAGACAAAGAAGAUAAAGAGAAACCGAAAGAUGGGAAGGCCAAGAUUCGGAUCCGAGCCGAAUCGACCAGGUCGUCGUCAAGUCUGCGGUCGAAAAGGGAUGAUGAGUCUAGGACAAAUAAGACAAUGCGUGCAGACACUCCAUCCUCCAAAACGAAAAGGUCUAGUCAUGAUAAGGACAUUCCCGCCCGGACAGCGAGUCGCAACUCUACAAAAUCAAGAGUUGUGGAAGAAGCCGCACUACCCAAACGAUCCUCCUCUAGUCGUGCUGCUCCGGUAGUGUCUCCCCCUCGAUCCCCCGCGACCGUUCGCGACGUUGGCUCCGAAUCGGCAAAUGGGUCCGAUGCGACUAUUGCUGCACAACAGCAGUCGUCUUCUCGCAAGCCGAAGAGUCCAGAGAAACCGCCUUCUCGGAACCAGACACGGUCGUCUAUGUCCCACCGGCCCAGUAGUCGCACUUCUGCGGACUUCGCGUUUGAGUAUGGUCGCCCUCCCACGUCGAACUCGGGCUAUGGCACCCCUCCCCCGCCGCCUCCCCCGCCAGAGAUGCCAGUUACCAUCCCUCGAGUUGACUACCUGCUGCAGAACGGUGGUCUUGACCAUCGAGUACCAAAGGCCCUCCUGCUCGCUGCCGGUACACCGGAGCAACCAUCUUACCAACCGUUCCAGCCUCAGCUUGCAGCGUCCAAGAUCUUUGACCCAUUCAGCCGUAUACUCGAGGAUUAUCACAAAGUGAUGGCUAAGAAUGGUUCGCUGGCAGUUGCGACCGGAUACCGAUCGGUCGCACGUCGCCUGCUUGACCGACUUGAAGCUGUCUUUGCCCGUGACAUCUCGUCAGAAUCAUGUAAUUGCUUAAUGUGUGUUCAUGAGGAGCUCGAGCCUGAAGAGCAUCCGUCAGGGGUCAGCUGGGGUGAGGUGCUGGAGUUGGUGUCCGGCCGCCAAGAGCUACCCAAUUGGCCACCCUUCAUGCUAUCACUGUCAGUCAACGAUGCGGACAUGUCGGGUGAUGAACACAUUCCCAUGCAGAAGAUGGACAUCGACAUUCCAGAGGAAUACCGAGAACAUUUCAUGCGACAGUCGCGCAAGACGAAAGUGACCGUCGACAAAUGGCUUAGUGAGCAAGUAAGCCAGGCCACCAAUGCACCGGAUGAGGUAGAUGAUGAAACCCUCACCUUCGCUAUCCUGACACACCUUGGGCCUGAACAACGUCCUCUAUUCCGGGCGCUACUGGGCAUUCCGGCUGGCUCUCCUACGCCUCAACCAGACGGAAAGCGUCCGCCACGGCCUCCGGCAUUAAUUUCGUCAUCUCUGGCUAUACAACGUCUCUAUCGACUGCCAUCCCCGCCCCGGGACCCGGAGGCUGCCAUAUACAUGUUGAACCAUCCAGAACUUCACCAUGUACUCGCGACACUUGCAGCUAUCAGUGAUGACGAAUGGGAUAUUCUGAUCUCAGGCAGAUUUGAUGGAUUCCUCCGCAGUGGUGCAGAGGAUUCCUUUACAGGGUCCACGCCGCAACGAUGGAGCAGCAGCCGAUCAAAUACUCCUUUCACCCCUGGUGGCAUUUCUCGAGGGCCGACGCCCAGCCAGAUGGAUCCCAAUUCCCGACCAGCCAGCCAGCCACACGGUAGGGUUUCAUCGCCAGCAAACUUUGGAGGCCCCAUCGCCUUGGAUGAGGAGAUGGAAAUUGCAGCGUUAGCCGAGAUCGAGCGUGACAUCUAUCUCGGGAUGGAAGCUCUAGAGGACGCCUUCGAGGCACUCCAUUGCAAAGCCGAGGUCGUCCGUCGAGCACUUCGAGAACGUGGUGCCGGUUUGUCUGUAGCCAACCAGCAACGCCGCGGGUCAUAUGUCGAGGCUCGCUUGGGCACUCCAGCAUCCGGACUCGGCACAUGGGAAGACAGCACCGAAGACGACGGUUUGGAUGAUGACCGGUCCCUGGCCCCCGAUGACUCGGCCAGCAACAUCAGCUCCAACCGCAGAAGGCGACCCAAGCGCCGCAACGAACGACGGACCCCAGCACCAGUCGAAGAGGAAGACGAAGAACAAGACACAUACGACAGCCGACGAGAUCGAGGCUCCAAACGGAGAUGACCUUGAACCAGGAAAAACCAAGACCUACCCCAUUUCCUAUUUUGGAGCUCACCAGUAAUCUUGUUACAACCCAUUGCAUGAUAUUUCUUUUCAGUCUUCAUUAAAUACUUCCAGCGUUACGACCUUGAUGAGCAAUAGUUGAGCCACGAAUCCACGAAACGUGAUGAAAUGAAUUGAAACCCAGCUCAUGAGAAUUUUCCUGAUACUACUGAAUUACUACGUGUGUAAGUCGCAGUACAGAUUCAUUCGUUGUUUGUAUGUACAUUGGUACAGAUUGACAUGAUUCUUAAUGCUACUGUAUUCUACUUUACCCCUUCCAUCACCAGCACCGCAUAUUAGUACGAGAUAGCACCUAGCAAAGAUAGAAUACCUUCAGGAGAACAGCAAUCAAUAGACCAAACCAACACAACAAAAUCCCAAAACUUGAGAUACACAUCGCACAUCACAAUUAAACACCAGGGAAUCAAGACAUUCCCCCGAGACAUCUCCUUUAGCACACGAUAGUAAACCACAACUUAUCCACUCGAUCCCAAAUCCCAGUCAUCCCUAGUUCCCACAAGAAAACCUACCUUUUUUCACCUUCGCCCCAAGUAUGACGAAACGGAAAGACCCCAUAUUCCAAUACAUGCAGGUCAAUCUACAUAGUCUACAUUGCAACCUACCUCAAGCAACAGAAGCAACGGGAAAAAAAAGACCAGAAACACAGAAACA